CUUGCUUUGUUGAAAGAACAUUUGAAAAAAAUUCAAGAAGAAGAACAGAAGGCUAAGGAGGAAGAAGAACGACAGAGACUGCUGGAAGAAGAGAGGAUCCAUAAAUAUGAGGAACAGAAACGGCUGGAAGAGGAGAGAAAACUGAAAAAGAAACUGAAAAAGAAAGAGCGCGAGGAACGAUUGAAAAAGGAAGGCAAGUUCCUGACCGAGAAGCAGAAGCAGGAUAAAAGACGACUGGAGCAGAUGCUGGAGGCCAUGAAGGAGGCUGGUGCUGAGUUGCCGAGCAAGGAGGACGUACGUAAGAAGAAGCCUAUUUACACGAAGAAGAAGAAGGCUGCAG